ACACGCCUCGCCCUUCGCUCCGUUCUCCUUGGUAGACUGAAGUUCAUUAGCAAAAACGGGAUAUGGUUACAACUUGAGAAAGAUGUACAAAAGAUUUUUGUCAGACUUAGAUGUAGAUAUUCCAAGAUCCACAAAACGAUACCGAAAUGCCCACAAUGAAGCACGAGCACAGCGUGCGCCAGAUCAAAAUGACGUCAGUGAAGAACAAAGAUGCCUCAAGCAUGCUGACGGGGGCACAAACUCCCUAAAUGAGAAUGCAGGUGAAGAUGUAAUGGCUGAUCACAUGUCUAGUGGGUCAUCAGAUGACAGAGGGCAGGAUCCACUGCAUGAAAUGCAUGUUGAGGGAGGCACAGACACUUCAGAUGAGAGUGCAGACGAAGAUGUAAUGGGUGAUAAUCAACUGGGGAGACCAGCAGACCACACAGGAAUAGAACAACACCAUGAAUCGAUUGCUGUGAGGGACAAUAACACUGUUUUCUACGAUAAUGAGAAUACAGAUUCAUCUGAUGAUGAAGCCUCAGAUGAAGAUCCAGUGGCUGAUCACAUGUCUAGUGGGUCAUCAGAUGACAGAGGGCAGGAUCCACUGCAUGAAAUGCAUGUUGAGGGAGGCACAGACACUUCAGAUGAGAGUGCAGACGAAGAUGUAAUGCACGAAGAACAGACUAACCCAGUUUCAUCUGACGACGAUACUUCAGAAGGUCCAACGGAGCAUGUUUUUGACCCUAACUUCAAUGAUGAAAAGAAAAUUUACGCUGGUUCUUCCGUUACAAUGGGGGCUCUCCUUCUUCUUCUCUUGGCAUUCAUCCUGAAGCAUGGCCUGUCAAAAGCAGCGAUCAAAGACCUCCUGGAGCUCCUAAAUUGUGUGGUGCCUGGAUGUGUGCCAAAGUCUGUUUGGUUUUUAAAGAAACACUUUUUUGAUUUCAAGGACAAGACAGAGCUUCAUUUUUACUGUCCUAGAUGUUCAGACUACCUUGGUGUUGAACCCGGUAAUGAGUGUGGAGUGUGCCAGCAGACCUUCAACAAAAAAGCUCUAAUUGAGAAGGCAUACUAUUUCCUUGUCAUGCCACUCAAGGUUCAGCUAAGAAAUAUCCUGGCCCAUGUACAAUCAAAGCUACGGAAACAUUUCACAAGAGAUGGCUGUGUUUCUGAUAUCAACACUGGAACGGAAUACAGACGCGAGACACAGGGAGUACACACUGACAGUAUUACGCUAACCUUCAACUGUGAUGGUUCCCCUGUGUUCAACUCAUCAAAGACUUCAAUUUGGCCCAUUCUGUGUACUAUCAAUGAACUUCCAUUUGUGGAUCGAUGUAAAAACGUCAUAUUGCAUACGUUAUGGUUCGGCAAAGGAAAACCCCCGGUUCACAGUUUCUUCACCCCAUUCAUCCGUGAACUUCAAAAACUAAGGGACACAGGAUUCUGUUGGAAAGAUGAAACUGGGUCAGAACAUCACACCAAAGUAACAGCUAAAAUAUGUAUAUGUGAUGCAGUUGCAAGGGCAAUGGUGCAGAACUUUAAACAGUUCAAUGGAGAAUUUGGAUGUGGUUUUUGCUACCACAAAGGGGAGAUGGUACAAAAAGGCAGAGGUUUCACUAGAGUUUAUCCUGUACACAUAGUUGGGUGCGACCUGAGACAUAUGGCUGAAACAGUGCAACUUGCUGAGUUAGCGAUGGAAAAUGGUAAUGACCAAUCUCAAAGGGGUGUUAAAGGUCCAAGUCCACUGAUCCUGUUGCCAUCAUUUGACAUUAUCAAGGGGUUUAUUCCAGAUUACAUGCAUUGUUUUUGUCUUGGUGUAGUCCGUCAAUUUGUCAAUCUUUGGUUUGACCCUCAUUAUGCCAACAAGAACUUCCACUUGACUCCUCGCCAGAUGAAUGACCUAGACAAAGUGUUGUGUAAAAUUCAGCCACCAAAUGAAGUUAGAAGAAAUCCUAGGCGCUUAAGUGAGAGAACAUAUUGGAAAGCUUCUGAGUGGAGGGCAUUUGCUCUCCUCUAUUCUCCUGUAGUACUUAGGAAUGUUUUACCAGGGCUGUACUACAAACACUGGAUGCUUCUUGCAUGUGCACUUCACAUCCUCCUCUCCCAGUUUGCCACACAGGAUGAGCUCAAUUGUGCAGAGUUAUGUCUAGUUCAGUUUGUAGCAAAAGUGCCUGCUCUUUAUGGUCUCGAGCAUUGUUCAUAUAACUGCCAUUUGUUGACGCAUCUUACCCAGAGUGCCAGGGACUGGGGUCUUCUAUGGACCAAUUCAGCAUUUGUUUUUGAAGACAUGAAUGGCAAACUCUUGCAGCUGUAUUCUGGCACACAGUCAGUUUCGUCACAGAUUUUUAAGCAUUUCUUUUCAUAUCAGAAGGUUGUAAGGAAAGGAAAUGCUGUACUUCAUGAUUCAAGCAGAGAAUUGCAAGAUUUUUUUCUGUUCCAUGACAGGUGACA